CAGAGCAGUAGAGCUCUCAGCUAGACAUGGCGGCGGAUCCUAAGCCGGACUGGCUCUCCUGCCUUCCCUCUUCUUGGAGUUACGGUGUGACUCGGGAUGGACGCAUAUUCUUCAUCAACGAAGAAGCAAAGAGUACAACCUGGUUGCAUCCUGUUACUGGAGAAGCUGUUAUCACGGGGCACAGAAAAACUCCAGAUUUACCAACAGGAUGGGAGGAAGGAUACACGUUUGAGGGAGCUCGCUGCUUCAUCAAUCACAAUGAGCGAAAGGUGACCUGUAAGCACCCGGUGUCAGGCGUCCCCUCCCAAGACAACUGCAUCUUUGUCGUCAAUGAACAUGUGAAUUGUGGAAAACUUGUCCACCCUGACACGCCCCUAGAGGCUCUCCCCAGGCCCGCCCCGAAGACUUCAUCAGAGCAGGGAAGCAGCAGUGACAAGAAAGAGCGUCCCAUGAGCACCAUGAGUGAGGCAUCAAACUACACAGGUGGCUCCGACUACAGCACUUUCCCCGGAAGCCCCUGCACCACCGUCACCACAGGCACCACCACCACCUCCACUUCAUCCACACGGCCCUCGAGGUCUUCCAAAAAAGUUCACAACUUCGGUAAGAGGUCCAAUUCCAUCAAGAGGAACCCCAAUGCCCCGGUGGUCAAGAGCAACUGGCUUUAUAAACAGGACAGCACGGGUAUGAAGCUAUGGAAGAAGAGGUGGUUUGUUCUGUCGGACAUGUGCCUCUUCUACUACCGUGAUGAGAAAGAGGACAGCAUCCUGGGAAGCAUCCUGCUACCCAGCUUUCACAUCUCCAUGCUGUCAGUGGACGAUCACAUCAGCAGGAAAUACGCCUUCAAGGCCACUCACCCCAACAUGAGGACUUACUAUUUCUGCAGCGAAACAGCCAAAGAGAUGGAGUGCUGGAUGAAGGUGAUGACGGACGCUGCCCUUGUCCACAGUGAACCAGUCAGAAGAUUGGACAAGUUGAAAGUGGACCAGCGGGCGUCUCAGGAGUUGAACAACUUACUGAACCACAGAGUCCUCACCCGGCCUGAAAUCCAGAACAACGAACGCAACCGUGAGCCUCUGCGACAACAUUCGCUAUCCAGGCUGGACGACAAACGGCACAAAGAGGCAGAGAAACACAACAGCCAGAGGGAGCGGGAGUACUACACCUUACAGAGAGAUGGGGAGAGGUACUCCUUGAAGAAAGACGGGGUGAGCUACAUGCUUCAGAAGGAUGGAGAGAAGUAUCUCCUCCACAAGGAUGGAGAGAAGUACCUGCUGCGAAAGGAUGGAGACAAAUACUCCCUGCAUAAGGACGGAGAGUUGUACGCCAUUCACAGAGAUCUGGAGAAGUACGCUGUUCAGAAAGUGGACGAGAAGUACACAGUGACACAGACGGAGGAGAAAUACGCCCCUAAUAAAGACGCAGAGAAGUACUUGCUCACAAAGGAUGGAGAAAAAUAUGCACUGCAGAAAGUAGGAGACCGGCACAUGCUCCAGAAAGAAGGACAGAAAUACGUCCCCCAAAAAGAAGUGAAGAGACAGCUGUCAUUGAAGGAGACUGAGAGUAAAUACGGUACCAUACAAGUUGUGGACAAAUACGGCACUCUGAAGGAGGUGAGGAAGUACAGUACGCUCAGAGAAGGAGAUAAGUACGCCACUAUGAGAGAUGCAGAGAAGUACGCUACGCUCCGUGAUGGGGAUAAAUAUGGCUUCCAAAGAGACCCCAGCUCAGAGAGGUCUUUGACGAAAAUCAGCAGCAUCAAACUGCAGCCAGCUCAGGCCGCCGCCAUCGCAGCUGCCGUGUCCGCGUCUCGACAGGGACAGGUCAACCUCACCCUGCCGAAACCCGCACAGGUCAACGGCUCGGGGUCGGCGGCGGGGGAGCAGACGGGAGAAAGCAGCCCAGCAGAGGUAGACGGCAGCCUGGCCAGAGGUCCUGCAAAGACCCCGACUCCAGUCCAAGAACCAGAGAAGGGGCUGUCCAGGACCAACUCCAUGCAGCAGCUGGAGCACUGGGUCCGCACACAGAGGACAAGAGGACUGGACGAUGACACAAGGAGUGUCACGUCCUACCAGACCUUACCCAGGAACAUGCCGAGCCACCGUGCCCAGAUUGUUCCUCGCUACCCAGAGGGCUACCGCACGCUACCGCGCAAUAGCAUGGUGAGACCCGACAGCAUCUGUAGUGUGGCGGGCUCUGUGUACGACCGGGCCCUCCGUCCCGCCUCCACCACCACUGUCACCACAGCGGAGAAGAGGAGGUCGAUGAGGGACGACACCAUGUGGCAGCUGUAUGAGUGGCAGCAGAGGCAGGCCUUCUCCAGGCAAAGUCUGGCUCCACCAACAGCUGCGGGUCAUUAUGGCACUCUACCCAGCACAAAGACCAUGGGCAACAUCUCAGAACACGCUGUGGCGCACUCCAUCCCCACCUCACCGUCUCAUGGCUCUCUGGCUCUCUACAGCACCUUCUCCCCUCCCCGCCAGCAGCCUGCUCAGAACCCCAGCACCCCCCACUCCGAGGUGUCAUCACCCGUCUUCAGGGGGGACGUGACGCUGGACCGUCGGCACAGGACACACCUUGCCAAGUACGGCUACCCGCCUGACCGCCGAUCCAUCGCAGCCGGCGUCCCCCCUCAGACCAUCACCCCACAGUCGCUGCAAGGCAAGACGCCCGAGGAGCUGACACUGCUGCUGAUCAAGCUCCGCCGGCAGCAGGCGGAGCUCAACAGCCUGCGGGAGCACACAGUAGCUCAGCUAAUGGCCCUGGGCAUGGAGGGGCCCAACCCUAAGACUGAUGUUCUGUCCCAUCACCUGCAGAGGAACCUUAUUUACCUAGACAGCCAGAUGAAGGAGAAUGAGCCUCUAAUCUUCAUGAUUCACACUAUGAUCGAGAACUCGGCACCAAGGCCGCAACUCUACCAGCAAAUCAGCCCAGACGACAGAGACUACAAAGACAGCUCCUUUGUCCAGCGCACAGAGGAGGGUGACAUAGAUACCAAACUGAGCAGACUGUGUGAGCAGGACAAGACAGUGAGGAUGCAGGAGGAGAAAUUGCAGCAACUACACAGAGAGAAGCACACUUUGGAGACGGCCCUGCUGUCCGCCAGUCAGGAGCUGAGCGAACAGAGCGCUACUAACCCUGCAGCCAUGCAGAGCCUGGUCCAGCAGAGAGACGUGCUGCAGAACGGGCUGCUCAGCACCUGCAGAGAGCUGUCCAGAGUCAACACUGAAUUGGAGCGUUCCUGGAGGGAGUACGACAGGUUGGAGGCGGAUGUGACUCUGGCCAAGUCCAACCUGCUGGAGCAGCUGGAGGCCCUGGGCAGCCCACAGACAGAACCUCCCAGCCAGCGGCACAUCCAGAUCCAGAAGGAGCUGUGGAGGAUCCAGGAUGUGGUGGAGGCUCUGACUAAAAACAAACCACAGCGGAGCACAGACGGCGGUUUUCCUGGUUCCAAACCACUCUCCAGCAUACAGAAGAACGAGGCAGUGACGCUGCUGCCACUCAGUCCUCUCAAGGAGGGCGAGAGCGUGCCCCCCCGCCCGCCCCUCCCCCAGUACUACGACUCAUCAGAGCGCCCCCCUCACGUGCCCCCCUACCACUCACACACCAGCGGCCGUCUGCCCCUCCACACGCACCGUCCCGAAGACCGCAAGCCUGGCUCCAGGAACGGAGCGCACAGCCAAGCUCCAGACUACCGGCUGUAUAAGAGCGAGCCCGAGCUGACCACAGUAAAGGAGGAGGUGGAUGAGGCCAACGGCGAAGACAAAGACAAGACCGACACUGCUGCUGACAGUAAAGAGACCGUCUCCAAAGUGCCCCCCUACCCGGUGGGCAUCGUUCCUCCCAGAACGAAGUCUCCCAUGAGCCCUCCUGAGUCCUCCACCAUUGCCUCUUACGUCACUCUGAGGAAGACCAAGAAGCCUGAAUCCAGAUCAGAUCGUCCCAGAAGUGCGGUGGAUCAGAUAGGAUUUGGGGAGCGAGAGGUGGGCAGAACGAGGAUGAGCGUGGAGGAGCAGCUGGAGAGGAUAAGGAGAAACCAGGAGGCAUCAUCGCUCCGAGAGAAGAAGAGAGAAACCCCAUCCCGCUCGCCCUCCUUCAACAAAGAAAACCCCUUUAUUAUCAUGCAGACCCGGGCCCAUGCAGAGGGAGCUUGUGCAGACCCUGUGGAGCUGGAAGCGGCUCUGCAGCAGCUGAAGGUGGCUCACAUUGAGCAGAGCAGGUCGACUGCUGAGGCUGCAGGGACUCACACUGAGAGAGCACUGACUGCACUACAGGUUCAUGAGGAGGCGCAGAGAGCGGAGGAGGUGAAAAAGGACAAGUGUGAGUCAGCGCAGCAGGACAGGAGGGACGUGACCCUGCAGAGUGUGAAGGAGUCCAACAGCAUAGACGACGAGCUGUGUGAAAGCCAGAGGGUAGUGAUUCUGGACCUGGGCACGGAGCCUCAGCGUGUAGCACUCGUAAACCUUCAGCCCUUUGAGGAUGAUGAAAGCAGAGAGCAAGAUCUGACCAGCUCACCUACAAACACCACCACUGAAAACAGCUUCCAGACUCCUGAGCCCGAGACACCGAGCCCAGAGCCUAAGGAGGAGGAGGCAGACAUGACGCAACAAACCACCAGAGAGGAGAAGCUGGAGAAGAGUCUGGAAUCCUACAACCAGCUAACAUCAGACGACAAGAAACACAACAACAACAACAACAUGUUGGCUUCCCAGACGUUCACCUUGGUGAGCAGCGACACGUGAGCGACGCCCGGCCUCGCCAUCCAACAACGGCGUCCUGUAGAGCCCAAAUGUAGCCAGCCUGCACAGAGCAUGCUCCACGGCUUCCUGCG